AUGGCAUCUCACAUAUUACCUACCCAAUCCAAGUGGAUUUGCCAUCCUGGCGACUUUUUCUAUCCUGGCGAGGAGGAAUUGUUCCUAUCACGGCCGGAAUGGAAUCAAGUUAUGUUUGAUGGUGGAAGACGUCUGAUCUACAGUGCUGAUACUCCGAUCGGUCAUAUUCGCGUUGGUGAUGGCUUUCUCGCGAACCUGACCCAGCUUUCACCUGUUAUACACUGGGGCUAUCUCGUCCGCGAGGCCAACAGGGCUGGUGUCUCCGUUGAGCCCAGCAAAAUCUCCGCAUUGGCUCAGAUGGCUCUGGCAAGUCAUGCCAGAUUCGUGCAAUGGUACGAAGAUUUUGAGGCUCUUGAGUUUCCGCGACCUAUCGAGACUUUGUCUACUAAUCCAGCGACUUCGCUGUUCGAGACGGUUAUACAACAUCAGUCGGCGGCGGCCGGAUCGUUGCUCAUGGGAUAUUGGGCGAGUAUGCUCAUUCUUGAAGAAACGUUGAUCGAGUGCGGGACACCACGAGCAAAUUCAGAUGUAUCCUCUCGAUAUUUCGUGGAGCAGAUACUGCGGUCGAUAGAGUCUGUAGCACAAGGCGCCAUGGGACCGUAUCGAGUCGGGUUUGCUGUGCGUAUUGUGUAUGAGUUUGCUACUGGGGAGGAGCAGAGAUGGAUUGCCCGUCUUUUGGAUAAAUUCUCCAAGGGUUAUGCAGCUGUGGAUAAGAGAACGUACCCGAAGCCAAGGGACGAUGUUAUUGAAUCAGUCUGA